AAGGAAGGAAAGAAAGAGAAGAAGGAAGGAAAGAGAGGAAGGGAAGGGAAAAAGCGAUUGCAGACUCCCAACGAUAGAAAUGUAGUUACUUUGUCAAAAGACAAUGAACAUAGUCAUUCCAUUCUAGGGAUGUGUGAAGUGUAUAUUCUAGUGUUAGAGGAAGAGGGUGGGUGGAGUAGCUACGAAGUUCUGUUUUCUUGAAGGAUGUUAUUUUGACCAUCCUCUCUGCCACUCCUCUUUAGUGCCUUCAGUCAGGCUGGAAGAAAAGGCUUUGUCUUUGAUCUGAAACUAUAUUAUUCUCUGCUUGAGAAGAAGGUGGACGGGAGAAAGAACCAGCAAGAAGAGAAGUUUUACAAAGAAGUCCACAGUGAAACUAUGAGGACUCCACCACAGGUCUCUGAGGACUCAGGAGGAGUUGUAAAAAGAAGUCGACGAAGAAAAAUCCUGCUCCUUGGUGUUCUGCUGUUCAUAGUGGUCCUUGGCCUUGUGCUACUCAUCGUCUUCACAACUCUUACAUGUAACCUAGAAACCUGCAAUACGACGACAUGUCUUCUGCUUCUGGCAAGGUUCCUGAAGGCCCAUAAUCAUACCAUCGAUCCUUGUGAAGAUUUCUUCAGUUACACCUGUGGCAACUGGGACUCCAACUACACACAAGGGAUGGACAUGCCACUGAUGAAUGUCUUUGAUGUACUCUUGGAAGAAAACCAGCUCAUUAUGAAGAAGCUCUUAGAGGAGCCACGGCUGGGGGUUAAAAGCUCAGCGAAGGAGAAAGCUGUACGGUUUUAUACUUCUUGCAUGGAUACAGAACAGAUUGAAGCUCGAGGUGCUCAACCUUUGAAGCAGAUCGUAAACGAGGUUGGUGGCUGGAACAUCACAGGCUCCUGGGAUGAGACAGAUUUUAACCGGACCCUUCAACUACUCAUGGGAAAAUACAACACUUUUCCUUUCUUCAAAGCCUAUGUGGGUCCCAGUUCAUCUGAUCCAAGCAUGAACAUUAUCCAGAUUGACCAUCCAGAGUUUGAGUUACCAUCAGAAACAGACCUUAAGAAAACAAUGAAAUAUCCCCAGAUUCUGCGGUCAUACUACUUGUACCUUAUGACAUUAGGACAACUUAUGGGAGGCAAUACAGAGAUUACUUCCACCUACAUUUCCUUGGCAUUUUCCUUUAUCUCAAACCUUCAGAAGGCUGUUACCCCCUUGAAAAAGCGACAAGAAAAAAGGAUGCUUUUUUACUUCACCACAAUCAGAGAGCUGCAGGAAAAUGCUCCUGCUAUUGACUGGCUGUCAUGCCUCCAAGCAGCUUUCCAUCCUGUAAAGCUGAACAUGUCUCAGCAAGUUGCUGUGCAUGACAUGGAUUAUUUGCAAGGAAUGUCACAACUGAUUGCAGAAUGGCAAAAGAAGAGGAUUUUUUUUAUCUUUCCCCCCUUCAGAGAUGUACUACAGAUCUACAUGAUACUUUGCCUAGUUGGAAAUCUCUCCCCAGCCUUAAACAGACAGUUCCAAGAAGCUCGUCAGAAUCUGACCGACCUGCUAUAUAGUGGAACAACAGAAUCGCCUAUGGUGAGGUCUGAGCGAUGGAGAAAAUGCCUGAGUGAGACCAGCACAUUUUUUGGCCCUGUACUUGGGAGGAUGGUUGUACAGGAGAUUUUCCCUCAGAAGGCCAAGGAUCUCGCUGAACUCAUAUUUGCUGAGAUCCGAGAUGCCAUCCACAGCCAUCUGGAUCGUGUGGAGUGGAUGGGCUAUCAGUCUCGCCAAGCGGCCAAGGAAAAGAUCUAUAAUCUCCAGGUGGAGAUUGGAUACCCAGAGAAGAUCUUCCAGACAGAUGAGGUAGAUGCUGAGUAUCAAGAGCUGGAAAUUUAUGAAGAUACCUUUUUCCAUAAUGUGGUUGCCUGUCUGAAGGUUUUGAGGAAGAGGUUCUCACUGAAACUUGUCAAUUCUCAUCUACAGGAAAACUGGGAAGUGGCCCCUUGGUCAGUACAUUCAUACUAUUCGCUGAGACGACAUGCUGUCGUUUUUCCUGCUGGUAUGUUUCGCAGCCCUUUCUUCCAUACUGAAUUUCCCAGUGCUGUGAACUUUGGAGCUAUGGGGUUUUUCAUGGCACAUGAGCUGCUCCAUUCCUUCUAUGAUUAUGUGUUGACUAAGAACUGUUCUUCCUGUGACAUGAAAACAUUGAUGCAAGGUAUAGAGUGCCUCGUGAAACAAUAUGAGAACUACUCCGUGGAAAGCCACCCUAUCAAUGGUUCAUUUACUCUUCUAGAGAAUGCUGCCGACACAGAGGGACUUGCCAUUGCUUACCAGGCCUAUCAGAACUGGUUGGCAAAGCAGAGUGGGGUGAAAGAGCUACCUUGGCCUGAGCUUUCACACAAUCAACUCUUCUUCCUCAGUUUUGCUCACGCUAUGUGUGGACACCCAAGAUUCAAAGGACCACAAGGCUUCUUACAUAGGGAUCCACACAGUCCUCCUUCAUCUCGUGUCCGUGGGUCUUUAAGCAACAGCCAAGAUUUCUCCAAGCUCUUCCACUGUCCAAGUGAGUCAGGGAUGAAUCCAAGUCUAAAGUGUCACAUCUGGUAGAACAGCCUGAAGAGUUCAUGGAACAAUCAAUGCAAAAAAACAGAACCUAUGGGAUCAUAUGGCUCUAGUGGCAUGAGCCGUGCCCAUUAACUUUGUUUUUUCCAUUCUUUCUGGUGCAAUCUGUUGAUCCUCGUUGAAGGUGUUCCAACCAUUCGCCAAGUGGGAAUACCAUACAAAGACAUAAAAAAACUUUAUAUUCUAACUUUGCCUUGGGGAAGGCUCAAAUCAGGAAAUUGAAGAUCACAUUCAACAUCUCUGGUGUUUUUGUCUUGUGACUCUGUUCCAAUCAACUAUUAAUAUAACAGAGAGAGACUUCUUAACUACUGUGAGAAUGCACUGCAUGCUGCAGCAUUGCUGGGACUAACAAAAGUGUUGAAUGACGCCAUGAUGAAAUUUUCAUUAAGAUGUUGACCGAGUGUCUGGACCGUACUACUUUGGAGCAUAAGUAGGAACUCACGAUUGAAUGGUUCAUACAAAAAAAAAUCCAGCGAUAGAAGAGCUAGUGAAAAUGUACCACUACAUUACAUUUACACUAAAAAAAACUAAAAUACAGAUUACGUUUACAUUUUAAAAAUCCAUUUCAUUCAUACAUUUGAUUCUAACCUGCUGUUUAAAAUGACAUUAUAUUAAAUCAUUUUCUUUCUUCUCCACUGUCUGUCUUACUGCUGUUUUCCUUCCUUUUUCCUCUUCUGUGUGCCUGCUCCACGCUUCCACAUGUUUCUGGUUUUCUGUGAUUCCUUCAAUCUGCUCUCAUUGUUCAUGUAGCUGUCUUCAUCACUUCCUCUCAUCUUUCCUGCCAUCUUUCCACCCACUCUCUCAUUCUGCAAUUUCCCUUCCUUGAUAUACUUCUGCAUUGUGAGACAGCCCACUGCAGGAUUACUCUUCCUGCUUCUCAUUCUCUCGCAUUUCUCCCUGCCUGUUAUGACUUCUGUCAUUGACAGCUGUUACCCAGCACAGAAUAAAAAACUCAGAAGGAUCUGGGUCAGCAGCAUAUGGGAGACAAUGGGAAGAAAAAAAUAUAUGACCAACAAAAUGCCAUUUUCUUCCAUAUGGCUCCUUUCCAAAUGUCCUGGAAAUUACACUGAAAUGUGUUUGGAUUUUUUUUUUCAUGUCAGGAUUGACUUGAGAAACUGCAAGUCGAUUCUGGUGUGAGAGAAUUGGCUGUCUACAAGGAUAUUGCCCAGGGGAUGACUGGAUGUUUGAUGUUUUAUUAUCCUUGUGGGAGGCUUCUCUCAUGUCCCCGCAUGGGGAGCUGGAGCUGACAGAGGGAGCUCACCUGCUCUCCCCAGAUUCCAACCGCCGACCUGUCAGUCUGCAGUCCUGCCAGCACAGGGGUUUAACCCAUUGCGCCACCAGGGUUUGGAAUAAAGAUGCAUCAUAGUGUGACUUAUUUUUUUCAAAAACGUAAUUUAACAAAAUCAAUAUUAACACUAGUUGUUUUUUAAAUCCCCUCCUAGGUACAAGGGAGAAGAGUUAUAUCCUGGUAUCUCCCUUAAAUGGUAGCAACCUAAAUUCAAAGAUUAAAAAAAAAUGAACAACUACUCCACUUAGGUCUGAAUGUUACAUUGUAAUGUAAGCUGACAAUAAUAAUGGCUGGAUUUGAUCUUCCAAAUGCUCCAAAGCAAACCAUAAUGUAAAGCCAGUUAUCUGAUUUUAUUUACUGUUUCAUCUGUUGCAUAUGUUCUCUUCCAUAUGGAGGCAAAGCAAUGGCCAUAGGAAUGGCUUUGUUAAUACAGACUUCACAUCAAAUUAUACUUUGCAGUUUGCAAACACCAUGGUAUGCCAACCCAUCUCAAAACAUGGUUUCUGGAUUGUGGGUUGCAAAUCAUAGCUCAGCAGAUCCAAUAUCACCAAAAAUGAUAAUUAUGUUAUAAUUUGGUAUGAUAUUUGAAUUGAGCCUAAGUUUUUUAAAAAUGUCAUUUUUAUCACACUUUAUACAGGCGAGGUUGUAUUGUAAUGAGUUGCUUAAGUUUGGUUGGGUGCGUUUUCAUCCCAAGUCAGAGGGAAUGUGUCUUCCCCCCUUUAUUUGUCAUCUGAAUGCAAACAGGUGUCCAACUAUCAGCCUGUGGGUUCAAGCCAAGCUUUGAAACAAAUGGCUUGUUUCGUCUCUUCCAGCUCUGUGAGUCUAUGAAAUGCAUGUUGUUGUUAAAAUUAUCAUUCACAAUUUCACGUGUAUAGAAACCUCCAUGUAUAAUUCAGAUAAAUGCAACUGCACUAUGAUCUCGGGUACAUACUGGAAAAAGGGGUUAAGGCCAGUGCUGCUGUGUUUCUCGGGAGCUUUACAGUUUCUCCAGCUCUAUGAUUUUUCUCACCUGUAUAAUGUAAAGACCUCGUAGUAUCCAAUGUUCUCACAAACUGUUGACAUUGGUGUGGCAACCUGGCUUUCAGAAGGGUAAGAUGGAGGCAAACCACAUUUGCAAAAAUUAAGAGCUAGAUGGGCAAGAGAAGGCUUUGGCUCAGCAUGCUGUUGCAAGGGGGAACAAAUGGACAUAGGCAUGAAAUAAAUACAGUAGAGUCUCACUUAUCCAACAAUCGCUUAUCCAAUAUUCUGGAUUAUCCAACGCAUUUUUGUAGUCAAUGUUUUCAAUAUAACGUGAUAUUUUGGUGCUAAUUUUGUAAAUACAGUAAUUACAACAUAACAUUACUGUGUAUUGAACUACUUUUUCUUUCAAAUUUGUUGUAUACCAUGGUGUUUUGGUGCUUAAUUUGUAAAAUCAUAACCUAUUUUGAUGUUUAAUAGGCUUUUUCUUAAUCUCUCAUUAUCCAACAUAUUCGCUUAUCCAACGUUCUGCCGGCCUGUUUAUGUUGGAUAAGUGAGACUCUACUGUAGCAAAAGCUUGGUCUCAAGUCAAUUUGGCAAAAGCUUGCCGUCUUUUCUGCACAAAGAUUUUGCAUCUCCUGGUUUUGCUCCUCAGGCUUGUCCACUCUGUUGAUGGGCCAUUCAAUGAUCCAUUCUCUAUGUGGUCAACUCUAACCCGAGUUAGUGUCUAGUACAGUGGUUCUCAACCUGGGAUCCCCAAAUGUUUUUGGCCUACAAUUCCCAGAAAUCCCAGCCAGUUUACCAACUGUUAGGAUUUCUGGGUGUUGAAGGCCAAAAACAUCUGGAGACCCCAGGUUGAGAACCACUGGUUUAGUAGAAUGUAUAAGAAAACUCUGUCUUUAUUGAUGGUGGACAACAGAAUUAAUCCUCUAUUUUAGUCCAUUUUACUCUGACACCUUCAAUGUUGGAAAUUAUUUCUGGCAUCAUCUAAUGCUUUUUCUUAGGUUUUCACUAACUUAACAGUUUGCUGUAGCAAAUUAAAUACCACAUCUUAAUACUUCCUCUCCUAUAAAAAUAAUUUUUACUCCAAGAUAUUAUGUGGAAUGGGAGCUCCGGUGGCGAAGUGUGUUAAAGCACUGAGCUGCUGAACUUGCAGACCAAAAGAUCGCAGGCUCAAAUCCCGGGAGCAGAGUGAGCGCCCACUGAUGGCUCCAGCUUCUGACAACCUAGCAGUUCGAAAACAUGCAAAUGUGAGUAGAUCAAUAGGUGUGAAGGUAAUGGCGCUGCAUGCAGUCAUGUCGGCCACAUGACCUUGGAGGUGUCUACGGACAAAGCCGGCUCUUUGUCUUAGAAAUGGAAAUGAGCACCAACCCCCAGAGUCAAACAUGACUGGACUUAACGUCAGGGGAAACCUUUGCCAUUACCUAUAAUGUGGAAUGUAUGCCAAUGAUCAAGGGAAGAAAGGCUUAUUAAACAUUUACUAAAGAGAGAACUGACCCUGUUCUUUGCUGGCCUCAACUAUUUUGCUUUUCCUCACUACUAGCAGCUGUAGUCCAACUGCUUCUCUUUCAAACUAAACCUGGCAGGUUAUGUAAUAUUUUGACUCUGUUUCCUUUGAUUUGCAUGCCGUCUAUUAUCCCAAUAUAAUUAAAUAUGUUGUGGUUUCCGAAGAUGAAAUGAAGAUGAUUCUGUACUAUUGUCUGUUAGAACAAAAGACUACAGGUGGAAAGUAAUAAAAAUCCCACCUCUUUUUUUUUUUUUAAGAUCUGCAUCUGGAUGUUUUCUUGAAAGCAGUAUAGAUCAAAAGAGCCAAAUACAACCCUAGAUAAUUCAGGGACAUCAUACUCUGGGUCUUCUAUGGAGCAAAAUACAUAAAAUUCUUAUUGAUUCACAAUAAAAUAGAAAAAAUAGAGCCAUAUAACUGACACCGUUCAAUCAUUAAAAAUGUAACUGACUAGAGCUUUGAUUGGGAUCAUUGCUCUCCGGCUAGAGAUGGUGUGCUAUAUUUCUUAUAUGUUAUUUGUCCAAUCCACUGGAAUAAUCAUUUGCAUUACCUCUGCUGAAUCAAAUGGAAGCUGUAGAAUCAAAUAGAAGUGCAUUGCCAUGUUUUAAGUCAGCUCCUACACAUUUUAGUGAGUUUCUCAAUGAAAAUGUCUCAGUGAAUGUAUGUCUUCUUUCUUUACACAUUUUCACUCUUAACUCAUGCAAUGCUGCUUGUUCUAGCUUACUAAAGAAAGUAUUGUACUUUUUUUGUAAUCUGUAUUUUUCAAAGGCACAACACUGAUGAUAAUGGAUAGUAUUAACUGAUAUAGUCUUUAUGUUGUGGUGAAUAGCAGAGUCAAUAAAAUGAACUACUUGUA